CUCUCUCUCUCUGCUGCCUCUCCUCUGUUUCAGUUUCAGUAUCGACCUCCUUCACGCAGCAUCUCUGCUCUCCAUCCUCCGUCUCCACCCUUCUCCUCCUCCUCCUCCUCCUCCUCCCUACAUCCUCCGCCUCUCAGCCGAGCCAGCGCCGCUUCCUGUGCAGGUGGAUGGAGGCUGGAAGCCCCGGAGACACGAGCCAUGCCCGGGAGCAGCUGCUGUCAGACUGCUGAGCGCCUCCCUUCGCGCCUCCAUCCUUAAAUGACCCGCGGCUGAGAAAAAGAAAGUGGGGGGGGAGUGUCUCCGGAUCCAGCGCCCGGAUCAUGGCAUGCUGCCCACCCCGGGCAUCCAGCACUGACCAUGGGGCUCCGGUCCAGGACCGUCGCUAGCGGCUCGGAGGAGCAGAAGAAGGGCUCCGGUGGCGGCGGGGACUUGUUGGACCAAGGCGGCGGGGGCGGCAGCGGUGGCGGCGUCGCGGACCGGGAUGGCGCGCUGCUGCUGGCCACGGCGGCGGCGUCCGGCCGGGACGGCUUCAAGCGCGGCUCCCAGGGCAUCGGCAUCGGACUGCUGGCCAAGACCCCCUUGAACUACAGCCGGCCGGCCAAGAGGAAUAACAUCCGUCGGAGGAGGAUCCAGAACUUGCUGUACGACGCGCUGGAGAGGCCGAGAGGAUGGGCGCUGCUCUACCACGCGUUCGUGUUUUUAAUUGUUCUGGGAUGUUUGAUUCUGGCCAUUUUGACGACAUUCAAGGAACACGAGAAGGUGUCUGCACACUGGCUGGUCAUACUGGAAACCUUCGCCAUCUUCAUAUUCGGAGCAGAGUUUGCACUGAGGAUCUGGGCAGCGGGAUGCUGCUGUCGCUACAAAGGAUGGAGGGGGAGGCUCAAGUUUGCUCGCAAACCGCUCUGUAUUCUAGACAUCUUCGUGCUGAUUGCCUCAGUGCCGGUGGUGGCGGUGCGUAACCAGGGCAAUGUGUUGGCCACGUCCCUGCGCAGCCUGCGCUUCCUGCAGAUCCUGCGGAUGCUGCGCAUGGACCGGAGGGGGGGCACCUGGAAACUGCUGGGGUCGGCCAUCUACGCUCACAGUAAGGAGCUGAUCACAGCCUGGUACAUCGGCUUCCUGUCUCUGAUCCUGGCGUCUUUCCUGGUCUACCUGGUGGAGAAGGAUGACGUCUCCAUGGACGUGUCCAACCACGACAACCCCACCGCUCAGCCCAAACCGCAGGACUUUGACACCUACGCCGACGCCCUGUGGUGGGGGCUGAUCACACUGACCACCAUCGGUUACGGGGACAAAACCCCCAAGACCUGGGCUGGGAGACUGUUAGCCGGCACUUUUGCUCUGAUCGGAGUGUCCUUCUUCGCUUUGCCUGCAGGGAUUCUGGGCUCAGGCUUGGCUCUCAAGGUCCAGGAGCAGCACAGACAGAAGCACUUUGAGAAGCGCAGACAUCCUGCCGCCGGGCUCAUCCAGUCUGCCUGGAGAUAUUAUUCAACCAAUCCAAUCAGGGAAGACCUUAUAGCCACAUGGAGAUUUUAUGAAACUAUCAUCUCUCUGCCCUGUUUCAGGAAGGAGCACUUGGAGGCCAUGGCGAGCCAAAAACUGAGUUUACUCGAGCGUGUUCGCCUUCAGAAUCCACGGCCGUCGGUUGGGACGGGCAGGAGGCUCACAGGUCACGCCGACUCCAUCGAGGAAAGUCCCUCCAAGGAGCCCAAACCUGCUGGCUUCAGUAACCGGGAACGCUUCCGCACUGCCUUCCGCAUGAAGGCCUACACACUCCGCCAGAGCUCUGAAGAUUCUGGAGCCCUGGCAGAACCAGCCUUAGAGGACCGGGGCUUCCCUGCAGACAUCCUCCUGGAGGAGAUGAUCCCCACACUGAAACUGGUCAUCAGGGCAGUCAGGAUCAUGCAAUUCCUCUUGAACAAGAAGCGGUUUAAGGAAACUCUGAGGCCUUACGAUGUCAAAGACGUAAUCGAGCAGUACUCUGCUGGACACCUGGACAUGCUCUGUAGAAUUAAAUACCUCCAGACAAGGAUCGACAUGAUUCUUGCCCCUGGACCCCCCCUCACCCCCAAACAAAAGAAAACUCAGAAAACGCCUUUUACCUACCCGCCCAGUCAGUCACCCAGGCAUGAGACCUACCUAGCCAAAGCUGCCUCCAUGCCAGACGCCGAAGACCAAAGCAUGAUGGGUAGAUUUGUCCGGGUGGAGAGACAGGUGGAGGACAUGGAGAAGAAGUUGGACUUCCUGGUGGACAUGCACAUUCAGCACACGGAGCACCUGCAGGUGGACUCUGCCGGCGCCGCCCGCAUGACCCUGGAGGCCUGCGACGCAACGGCCAACGGCGAGGUCCGCCGUGUUUUCUUCAACUAUGCCGAGGCGUUCCCGCACAUGGCGUACCAGAUGCCUGUCAGCGGGGGGCGAGGAGCGAGCUCAGAGGGCGCCCGGUUGGCUGUUGGCCGCGUACUUUCAGACCAUCAACCUCCGCCGACGUCACAGCUCCACCAACGCCGCCCGACGGCCGCCAUCCCCACGUACACCGAGCGUCCCACAGUGUUGCCCAUCAGCUCGCUACAGGACUUGUCAGCGGGGCUGGGCAGGACCACAGGGGGUCGGGGGGGCGACUCGCCGCUCUCCCUGCUGUCGGUGAACCACGAGGAGCUGGAGCGCUCGCUGAGCGGGUUCAGCAUCUCCGUGGAGCGGGAGGAGGGCGGGGACUUUUCCAUUGGUGGGGCCGGGGCGGCGGCUGGGGACGCCAGCUCCUCGAGACCCAGACCGAGCUACCUGGCGGAGGAGGAGACGGACACGGACACGGACCCGUUUACGCCCAGCGGCGGGCCCCUGCCGCUCUCCUCCACGGGGGAGGGCUUUGGGGACGCCGUGUGGAACAUGCCGCCCUGAGAGGUGUUUGCGCGUUGCCGCGCGGAAAAUCCACAACUCCCGAGUUAAGAACCUUGAAUCCAACCCAUGCCUCUAAACGGUGGAUCUAAUCCGCCUUUAUGCUGCGAGUUCAUGAGCGGCGACGUCAACGACGUUCGGAGGGCCAACGCCGAUGUCAUCCACCGACCGCCGCCCAGACAGACAGCCAUGGCAUCGAUACCGCCCCCGGGAAAAACAAAACAAAAAAAGGGAAAACAGAUUUGUUUGUAAAGUGAAACUCUGUACAGCGCACUCUUCGCAAAAAUUUAGCUACAAAAAAAAUGAAGGAAAAAAAAGAACAUUAAUACACAUACUAUAUACACCCAAAAGCUUUAUUGCUGCAAAGCCAACCGCACUGCAUGUGACGCAUGCGAUUUCUAGUGUAGACACUGCGAAGUUCAGGAUAUCAGGAAACGGAAAAAGCGAUUGAAUGGAUAUAUAUAUAUAUAUAUAUAUAUAUAUAUAUAUAUAUAUAAAUAAAUAUAUAUACUUGCUAUGCCAUUUUGUAACACUUAUUUUUUAUAUGAAUACAUUUUCAUGUUUUUUUUGCAUGGUUUGCAUGAUAAUGCACCAUCCGAGGGGCGAGGGUUAGAGGGCGAUAACGGAACCAAACGUCUCCCAUCUCUGUUUCGUGUGUGUGUGUGUGUGUGCGUGUGUGUGUUUGUGUGUGUGUGUGCGUGUGUGUGUGUGUGUGUGUGUGUGUGCGUGUGUGUGUGUGUGUGUGCGUGCGUACGCGCGUGUGCGUGCAUGAGAGAGAGAGAGAGAGAGAGAGAAAGAGGGACUUGGGUAACAAAACAUUGGUUAGUUGCUGAUAGUCGGGUUUCACCAAUUUUUUGUGUUGUUGGUUUUCUCACGUUGUGCUGUCAAAAUCGUUCGACGAUCACUUCUGUCCAGAAAAGCAGAAUGUCUGAUCCCCGUUAACUUUGUUUUCACACCACUGUGCUCUUGAGUUGUAUGUCACCACUUUAUGCAUAGAAACUUUUACUGUUGAAAAAAAAUACCGUUUUUAAAAGAAUUCGAAAGAAUUUGAAACACUAAAUCUCUGCUGCUUUGUUGGCACAUGAAUUCAGGGAUAUAGACCGUCUGCACGUCUUUGAUUUACAAAGGUUUCCGAACAUCUUGACUGUUGAGUUCAGUUCAUCACAGCUUGAGAAGAAUCGAUUAGUUGUCAACUAUUAAAUUAAUCGCCAACUACUUUCAUAAUCGGUUUGAGUCAUUGUUUUGUGGACAAAAGUUUAUCUUCUCUGAUUCCAGCUUGUUAAAUGUGAAUAUGUUCUAGUUUCUUCUCUCCUCUGGGACAGUAAACUGAAUAUCUUUGAGUUUCAGACAAAACGAGACAUUUGGGAAUAAUCCACAGAUUAUUCAACAAUGAAAAUAAUAGUUAGUUGCGGCCCUAAAAAGGAUCAAAUGAUUCAUACUAUUAAAGCGAAAAAGUGACACUAACUUGAAAAGAUGCAACUCCAUAGCCUGCUUUGUUUAUCUAAAUUUCUUCUCAACAAACGGACAUUUCUUUAUGUAACUCGAAUGUCCAGUUACGAACACAAACUCGCGCUAAAAGCAUCACCACCACAUACCGGAAUGGACAGGAAGGACAUGUAGAAAUGCUAGUGAGCGAUUGGCUGCGAAGGCCGAUGUUUCUAAUUGUACAGACAUCGAGACGAGACGAGCCUGAGCGCCACUUACUGCGACGAAAACAAGCUUUACAGACGAUCACAUAUAGGCCUAAACAGCGUUCACUGCUUUAGAUUUAGGGCCACAAUGAUACUGAAUGUAAUAUCCGAUAGCCAACUAUAUCUGCACACAUGGAUUAUUACUUAUAGCAUGUCAAAGCACCUUCAGAGUCAGGUGAUUUUUUAAAGAGGGGCUUCCACACCGGGCUUCAACAGCAAGUUCAAAUGCUUUUAUGUAUUUUAUGCAACCUGCUUGGAGUGCAAUUAUUUUACUCGUUUUUGUAAUUAGUUUGUUAAAGUGAAAGCCAGAGCUUGGGAACAGGAAGUCAAACAGUUGUUUGGCCAACAACACAGCCUGUUCCCAUGAACCAUUCGUACAUAUAGCUACGAAAAGUUAAGCACUGUAAUUCGUAUGUAUUCAACAUAUUUUUAGCCUGG